AUGAGGGGGGAGAAUGUCACCAAGGUCAGCACCUUCAUCCUGGUGGGCUUCCCCACGGCCCCGGGGCUGCAGUACCUGCUCUUCCUCCUCUUCCUGCUCACUUACCUCUUUGUCCUGGUGGAGAACCUGGCCAUCAUCCUGACUGUGUGGAGCAGCGCCUCCCUCCACGGGCCCGUGUACUACUUUCUGAGCUCCAUGUCUUUCCUGGAGAUCUGGUACGUGUCUGACAUCACCCCCAAGAUGCUGGAGGCCUUCCUCCUCCAGCGGAAACGCAUCUCUUUUGUCGGGUGCAUGACGCAGCUCUACUUCUUCAGCUCCCUGGUGUGCACCGAGUGUGUGCUUCUGGCCUCCAUGGCCUAUGACCGCCACGUGGCCGUCUGCCACCCGCUGCGCUACCACGUCCUUGUGACCCCGGGGCUGUGCCUCCAGCUGGUGGGCUUCUCCUUUGUGAGCGGCUUCACCAUCUCCAUAAUCAAGGUCUAUUUUAUCUCCAGCGUCACGUUCUGUGGCUCCAACGCCUUGAACCACUUCUUUUGUGACAUUUCCCCCAUCCUCAAGCUGGCCUGCACGGACUUCUCCACUGCGGAGCUGGUGGAUUUCAUCCUGGCCUUCAUCAUCCUGGUGCUUCCGCUCCUGGCCACCGUGCUGUCAUAUGGGCACAUCACCCUGGCUGUCCUGCGCAUCCCCUCGGCCACCAGCCGCUGGAAAGCCUUCUCCACUUGCGCCUCUCACCUCACCGUGGUCACCAUCUUCUACAUGGCUAUGAUUUUCACGUAUGUCCGGCCCCAAGCCAUUGAUUCCCGGAGCUCCAACAAGCUCAUCUCUGCCGUGUACACUGUCGUCACGCCAAUAAUUAACCCGUUGAUCUACUGCCUGAGGAACAAGGAAUUUAAGGACGAAUUGCAAAAGGCCUUGGGCUUGGGUCAAACUUCAUACUAAGACAACUAAAUGUCCUAGGGUAAAAAUGUGUAGCGAUGAAACAACAUUGUAUACGGCACUUU